AUGGACUCCAUUAAUUCAGACCCACCAUUUGAAGAAACAUACAAGAACCUAUUCAACAAGACCAAAAAUAUUAUUAAUGAUGAGUUAAUAAUGGUGGAUGGUGAAUGUGAGCUUCCAUUGAUUGAUCUUAGCCGUUUAAAUGAAAUCAACGACGUGGCGAAUGAAGAGUGCAAGUCUAUGAUAGCAAAGGCUUCACAGGAUUGGGGUUUCUUCCAAGUUGUAAAUCAUGGAAUUUCAAGUGACAUUUUGAAGAGAUUAAGGUAUGAACAAGAGAAGGUUUUCAAGGAACCAUUUGAUAAGAAGAGAAAAGAAGACAAGUUCUUGAAUUUAUCUUCUGGUAGUUACCGUUGGGGAACACCAACUGCCACAUGCAUUAAACAGUUAUCUUGGUCAGAAGCAUUUCAUAUUCCCUUAACUGAUAUACUAGAAUCAAGUACCGGAUCAAACACUCAUCUUAGUUCAAUAAUGGAACAAUUUGCUACCACAGUUUCAAACCUUGCACAAACUUUAGCUGAUAUCCUGGCAGAGAAAUUGGGUCACCAAUCAACUUAUUUUAAGGAGAAUUGCUUGCCCAACACAUGUUAUCUUAGAUUGAACAGAUAUCUUCCAUGUCCAAUUGAUUUUAGGAUUCAUGGCCUAGUGCCACAUACAGAUAGUGACUUCCUCACCAUAUUAUAUCAAGAUCAAGUUGGAGGUUUACAAUUAGUCAAAGACAGAAAAUGGGUUGCAGUUAAACCAAACCCUGAUGCUCUUAUAAUUAACAUUGGAGACUUAUUUCAGGCUUGGAGCAAUGGAGUGUAUAAGAGUGUUGUGCAUCGAGUUGUGACAAAUCCAAAAGUAGAAAGGUUCUCAGUGGCUUAUUUCUUAUGCCCUUCAAAUGACACUGUGAUAAGGAGUUGUAAAGAGCCCUCUGUUUACAGGAAAUUCAGCUUUGAAGAAUACAGAAAACAAGUUCGUGAUGAUGUUCAGAAACUAGGCACCAAAAUAGGCUUACCUAGGUUUCUCAUAAAUUAA